AUGUCUAAGGUUUGUUCAUUUAAUAUGAAGAAAUUUUCAAAAUAUGUCUUAAGUGUUCCAGAAGAGUUCGGUAAUAUACCAGUCAACACUCCCAUCAACACUUGGUAUCAUUUUCCUCAGAGAAGUUCCUUAAUGAUAACCUUUGUAGUAAAUAAUAGGAAUAUUGGUAUAUAUGUUUAUUUCAGAGGUGAAAGAUUAGAAAAAGUUUAUUUGGAACCAUUUAGAAUUCCAAGGGCAGUAUUUAUGACUAAAUACCCAGCGGUAGGCUUCAAACUUACUGAUGAGAAAGGUAAAACUGUAUCACGGUUUCAAGUAAGCUUUGAAGAGAAGAAUACCUACGAUAAGCUCAUAGAAUUCUUAGAGGAGCACAACUUGAUCGUCAAUGAAGUUGCACCCAAAGAAACUCCCACUCAAAAUAUUUCCAAUUCGAUUCCCGUAGUUAGUGAGUUUAUACUUCCUAGUCGAGAUCCACAUCACAGAACAAGAAAAGUGGUGAGCGAAGUGUCGUUGCAGCCGGAAUCAAUGAAACAGAUCGGAAGCGAAGUAAGAGACACACCAUUAUAUCACACUCAGAUAAGUCAAUUAGAUACGGUCUUUCCCAAUCAAUUGGAAGGGUCAGCCAAUGAUUUAACCUUUGGUAGUAUUGACUAUCAACAGCCGCAAGCGAGCCAAUUACCUAUCCACCAAAGUCAGGGCCUCGUUUCAAAUUAUGUGGGACAUCAAUUCCCAUCAAAUCAAUCCACAAGAGGAUUGACAAUUGACGACAACAUAUACAAUAUCUAUUCAUCUCAAUAUCCAGAAGGAGUAACUCCCAAUACUUCUAUCAUGUCCCAAAUACAAGAAGAGAUCUUUAAUCCCAAAUCUAGAAAGAUUGAUAAAGGUGUUCAAACCAAAGGGAAAAUCUCCAAAAAAUCGACAGAUUUGAAAAAAAUGAAUAAAGCUCAAAUAAAGGAUUAUGUCAAAGAGUUAUUGUCAGACCAGGAAUUUGUCAAGACUAUAGAAAUAUUGGAGAAUGCUCUAUUUGGUAGUUAA